GCCGCAUGCCACGCAGGCCCUAUGACGCCCGCCAUCCUCAUCCAGGAGUGCCCCCACCCCCAGCGCCCCUUCCACCCCCGCACCGCCGUCCUGCCCCUCUCCCCUCCCACACCCACUCCCUUCCUCCAUCUCCAUGCUCGGCGCCCUCACCAUCUCCCCUCUGCCUCCGCUCCACCUCCCUAACCGCCUCCGACCUAACCGCCUCCCCCCAUAGACCGAACGGGAUCUUCGCGUCCGACGCGCCCAUCGACGUGGACGCCGCCAUGGAGGACGAGCUACGGGAGAAGGAGGACGGUAGCCCCAGGCAACUCGAAAGAGGUAGCAGCUGCACUGUCUCAGGCUUUAAGAAAUUCUUUAGAAAGAAUGAGCAGUUCAGAGAUGCACUUGCGAAGCACAGACUUCUGACACCAACGACACCAUUAGCAAGGCAGGGAUCCGAUGAUAUGUCCUUGGUGUCAUCCGUGAUAUAAACCACUUCCUUUAGUCAUGUGCUAUUCUUCACUGUUAUUCAUGUGUACAGUUGUUCCUUUCCAUAGUCACAGAGUGUAGGUUUCUAGAUUUUUUGCUUGUGAAGUCUACCCACGCUGCCUCGCUCUUGUUCUUUAUAAUGAGAUGAAAUUGUAUGGUGGCUUUGCGAGUGAGAUGAAAUGUAUGGUGGCUUUGUGAGU